AUGCGCUUCUACCAACUCCUUGCCGUCGCGACUGCUGUCGCUGCCGCUCCCGCCCCGGAAGGUGGCCUCGACGAGCGCGAUCUCCAGGAAUGCUACAAGGUCGCCACCUCGAUGCUCCCCAAGUUGACCGCGAUCCCUACUCCCGACGCGACACUCUCUUCGUGGAUUUUGCAACAGACCAACCUCGUCACACAGACCGAAGAGUGUGUCAUCCCCCACGUCACCGGUGACAUGGCCAAGGAGUACAGCUCGUACGCUUCCGAGCUCUCCAGCUGGUACGGCGAGCAAGUCAAGGGCUACUCGAGCCUCCUCGACGCCUGCAGUGACGUCCCCGAGAUUCAGAAGCAGAUCGAAUCUAUUACAGAGUCCGCCACCAUGUGCAGCUCGAUGCGCUGGGCCUCCGAGACUGGCUCUGCCUCAUCCAGCGACAGCAAGGACAGCGAUAGCAAGGACGACGACGACAAUGCUGCCAGCAGCGCCCCUAUCAAGGUUGGAAUGGCCGCUGCUGUUGCCGCUGUCGCUGGCAUCUUUGUUGGCAUUAUCUAG